GGCGUUGAGUCCGCGCGUGUCUUACCCUCAGUGUCACCGAGACACUCCGACGGUGAGAGGUACACUCGUAGUUCGGUAGCACGGUCACUGACCGAUACUGAGACUACUCCAUACCUCCCAGAACACCGCGCUUCGACGAGGAUUUCCCUGGUACCAACCACCCUAAGUGCUCCUAACUAUGUAAACUGUCGUGUUCAAAUGUUUUUAGUUCGUGUUUGUGCUUCCCUCGUCCUAUCACUUGUCGUACCAAUGUUAGGAGCCUCACUGGCGUGUCGGCAUGGCCUGUCUUACGGUGACAAAGAUGUUAGUUACGAGGAUUUGAACUGUUAGUGAAGUUAGUUAUGAUAAUGGACGUUAGUGUUAUUGAAAUGUAAGUGUUAGAUGUUAGUGAUGCUGGUCGGUCCGGCUAAUAUUUAGUAGUGAAGUGGACUGGUAAUCAACAAAAUGACGAUGAAAUCGCUGAAGUACAGCGAAAGGGAGGAUAUGAUGGAAGGUUUUAGCCCCGUUCCACCUCCUUUGCCCCGGAGACAACCAGUGAGGAACAUUUACGCGGAACCCUUCGUGGAUCCGAGGUACACGUCAUCGGGCGUUACUAACGAAUGGCUCGCCCUACAGACCCUAAAUGCCGAGCCGAUUGCUGGUUCAGGCAUGUCGAGCGGCAUGGGAGGUGGUACUCUCGGUGGUCACUGCCAGCUUGCCAACCAGCCUCUGGUGAUGCCCGUGUUCCCUCUGCGAGCCAGCCAGCCGAGCCCUGUGCCCGUGUACUCUCCCUCCCGGUUCCACAUAGACAAACGCUGCCAGCACAGAUGUACGUGGAAGUGUAUGGCCAUAGCCAUGAUAUGUCUCUGCGUGAUCCUGGCCGCAAUGCUCGCCUAUUUUAUAGCACUAUCGUCAAUUAAAACUAAUAUAGACAAUUCUAAUUGUAUACUGGUACAAGAUGUCAAAGCAGUUACGCAUUCCCAUGGGAUUAGGGAUACAUUGUCAACUUCAUCGCCAUCUGAUGAAUCAAUAUCCACCUCAUCUUUAGGAGGCUGGUCAACGACUGCUGAAGCAGCAAUAGAAUCGGCUGUGAUACCUCAACAAGCACAACAAGCAGCUCCACCUCCUUGGUCUCCAGCAUUAGAGUUAAGAGAAUUUAACCAACUACACAGUGCCAUUAUACCUGCCUUUCAAUUCUGGAGCUCCGAAUUUAGAAACAAGCAACCAGCAUUUGUUAGUCUUAACUUCACAGUGCCAUGGGGAGCUAACUUUGCCGUUUAUGGCAGAAGAAAUGUUGCCCCAAGCGUGACCCAAUACGACUUUGUGGAAUUUAUUAGAGGUGGUCGAGUAGAUCAUAGACUUAGAAGAAAAAGGAGCACAUUGUCGCGAGACAUAACUGACCACAAUUUCAACGACUGGGAAUCAUUAUUUGCCUCACCAAAGUCAACAUGGAAUCACACUUUAAGUAAAAGAUCUACCGAUAUGAGAGUGAACGUCAGUAUAUUGCAAUAUUUAGAUACAGGAAGAUGGUUCAUAUCCGUGUACAAUGAUGAACUGCAGCCUCAUAAUGUUGAAAUGAUGGUAUCCGAAGCAGAAGGAGUGACAAACUCUUGUCCCGAUGACUGUUCCGGUCACGGAUCUUGUUAUCUGGGAAAAUGUGAUUGUAUGGAUGGUUUUGAGGGUCACGAUUGUUCCAAGAGCGUAUGCCCUGUUUUGUGUUCUGCGCAUGGAGCUUACGCGGGCGGAAUUUGUCAUUGCUCGGAAGGUUGGAAAGGAGCUGAAUGUGAUGUGCCCGCUCAUGACUGUGAGCCAGCCGAUUGUUCAGGCCGAGGACAAUGUAUUGCGGGACAAUGUCAUUGUAAGCCUGGUUGGAAAGGGGAAAAAUGUGAUGAAGAGGACUGCUUGGACCCCACAUGCGGCGGCCAUGGGUCGUGCGUGCGUGGACGCUGUGUGUGUCGCGCUGGUUGGCGUGGCGCCGCGUGCUCUGAACGUGACGCGCGGGUUCAGCGAUGUCUGCCGGCCUGCUCGCAGCGAGGCGUGUACGAUCUAGACGCGGGGAGAUGCGUCUGUGAUCCGCUUUACACUGGCGACGAUUGUUCACAAGUCGUGUGCUCGCUGGAGUGCGGUCCCCACGGCGUGUGUGCGGAAGGCGUGUGUCGUUGUGAUGACGGAUGGACCGGAACUAGGUGCGACCAGCGACCCUGUGACACUCGCUGCCGGGAGCACGGACAGUGUAAGAACGGCACCUGUGUCUGUACUCAAGGAUGGAAUGGAAGACAUUGCACGCUGCCCGGCUGUCCCAAUGGGUGUUCCCGUCACGGACAGUGUCUGCUCGAGGACGGCGUGUAUCGAUGCUCGUGCGCCGACGGCUGGGCCGGGACUGACUGUUCGAUAGCCCUCGAGCUGUCGUGUAGCGACAAUGAAGAUAAUGACGAAGAUGGCAUGACUGACUGCUCGGAUUCCGAGUGCUGCAGCCGCCCAGAAUGUUCUGAGCACAUCAUGUGCUUGGCUUCCAACGAUCCUGUGGAGGUACUGCUGCGGAAGCAACCACCUUCAGUGACCGCAUCAUUCUAUCAACGCGUUAAGUUCCUCAUUGAAGAGAACUCCGUACAAAGCUACGCCCACAUGGAUGAAUAUUCCGAAAGCGAGUUCUGGAAUUCCUUUACACCAUGCCGAGUGUCGGUGAUGCGAGGACAGGUGGUGUCCCCGCAGGGUCUGGGCAUCAUCGGGAUCAGGGUCUCCGUAGACAGAGAAGCCCGCUUUGGCUUCACGCUCACCAGGCAGGGCGGUUGGUUCGACGUGCUGGUGAACGGGGGAGGUGCGGUUACACUGCAGUUCCAGAGAUCGCCGUUCAAACCGCUGCGGAAGACGGUCUUCGUUCCUUGGAACCAGAUCGUGGUACUACCACCAGUACAGAUGGAGCUUAGUGACGAACAUGUCAAAGUGCCAACACCAAGAGCCCCUCCUCGGUUGGACUGGUCCCCAAUGCCUCAGUGGUGGGAGUCUACCACCCCUCCCUGCAGCGUCCACGACCACGAACGCCUGCGACCAGAAGUGGUCGCCAUGCCAACAUUGGCUGCACCUGCGUCGUCGUCUCCCACUACCACCACGGUCAUAUAUCCUGAAGCACAGAUCAUAAGUGAAUCGAUCGGCAUACCGGGCUCAUCAGUGAAGUUAACAUACCGCUCCUCCCAGUCAGCUGGCUAUCUCUCGUGCGUCCACAUUCAGCUCACACGGAAGAUAGUUCCCGCUGCCUUGACCAGGGUCCACGUCAGGGUGGAGAUCGAAGGUUCUCUACACACGCAUUCGUAUGAAGCCGACCCAGACUUACAACACGUGUUUGCUUGGAAUAAGAGGAAUGUUUACAAGCAAAAGGUUUACGGCCAGGCCCAAGCUAAGAUCUCGAUAGGAUACGAAUAUACAACGUGCGCUGCAAUAGUAUGGGAGACGCAAACUGCAACUCUCUCUGGCUUUGACGUUGAUAUAUCUGAUAUCGGUGGCUGGGGCCUCGAUAUACAUCACCAUUAUAACUUCUAUGAGGGCAUACUGCAGAAAGGUGACGGCGCUCUACUGCAUUUGAAACAAUAUCCUAGGACUGUGCAGGUCGUUAUGGGUACAGGCCUUCAGAGAAAUUUAGAAUGCCCAGAUCACUGUAAUGGAAAGGCCGCCGAUUCUCGACUCCUUACCCCAACAGCAUUGACCUCAGGACCAGAUGGCUCCCUGUAUGUCGGUGACUUUAACCUUGUACGCCGCAUUACGCCCGAAGGAAUUGUCACGACUGUGCUUCGUUUAGAAACCACGCAAGUCGCUUAUCAAUAUUACAUCUGCAUAUCACCCGCUGAUGGUUACUUGUACAUAUCAGAUACAGAAAAGCAUCAAGUUAGACGAGUAAUUGUAUUGGAUAAAGUUCGUGACCCAGCUUCUAAUUCUGAACCAGUGGUAGGAAGCGGAGAUCGAUGUGUACCCGGGGAUGAAUCCAACUGCGGUGACGAAGGACCUGCAAUUAAAGCCAAAUUGGCCCACCCCAAAGGUCUCGCUAUUGCUGCAGAUAGAACCAUGUAUAUCGCAGAUGGAACAAAUAUUCGAGCUGUCGAUCCGAGUGGCAUUAUUCACACAUUGGUCGGUCAUCACGGACACCACAAUCAUUGGUCCCCAGUUCCUUGUCGGGGUGCAAUAGCUCCGUACGAGGCACAACUACAAUGGCCUACUGGCGUAGCCUUAUCCCCUCUUGAUGGCUCCUUAUACUUUAUUGACGACAGGGUUAUAUUGAAACUCACAGUUGAUAUGAAAAUCAAAGUAGUCGCUGGUCAACCAUCACAUUGUCGAUUAGGAAGCGACGGUAAACCUAUAACUAAAGUUAAUAAGACUUCAGAGUUUAGAGAAGAUUCAAAUCUAGGUACUAUAUUAGCAAUAUCUUUUGCACCAAGUGGUAUACUGUACAUUGCUGAAUCUGAUUCCAAGAAAACGAAUACAAUUAAAACUAUUGAUCCUUCUGGUAAAAUUAUGCAUUUUGCUGGAAAACUACAAGAAAAUUUUAAAGAGCUGAGUUGUGAAUGUAACUCGUCCUUAUCAGCAACUGUUACACCUUCUAACUCGAGAGAGGAAGCUGGAUGUCCUUGCAAACUUAGCGUAGCAAUUGGAGACGAACCACCAACUAAUACAGAAACUUUACUGUCAUCCAACGCAAAAUUCCAAACUAUUUCAGCCCUUACAGUAACUCCUGAUGGUGUUCUCAAUGUUGUUGAUCAAGGUUCUCUUCACAUAUUAGCCCUUAAGCAUUAUUUGCCAACUCACGAUGAAAAUGGUGAAUUUAGAAUUCCAUAUCCCCCUACAUCUGAAGUCUAUGUAUUCAAUCGUUACGGUCAGCAUAUUACUACUAAGGAUCUUACUUCUGGCAAAACAAGAUAUUCAUUCUUGUAUUCCAAAAAUACUAGUUUUGGGAAAUUAUCCACUGUUACUGAUGCAUCUGGUAAUAAAAUACAACUACUUCGAGACUACAGCAAUAUUGUAAGCUCCAUAGAAAAUACACAGGAUCACAAACUUGAACUGAAGAUAUCGGGUAUCGGUUAUUUGACAAGAAUAUCUGAGAAAGGCUCAGCGGAACUAGAAUUUGAUUAUGAUGCAAAUUCAGGAUUAUUAAACAGUCGUACAGGGGCUGGCGACACCGUUAUUUACGAUUAUGACGAAAUUGGUCGUGUAACAAAAAUUAUAAUGCCAUCUGGUGAACAGGUCCAUAUCACAUCUGGAUUAGCUAAAAAUUAUGGGCUUGCUGUAACUGUCUCAAAUCCUAGCAGUAAUAUACCGGUGGGUGUAGCAAAGAAGUGCGAAUAUGUUCUUCAUGGACAAUCCUUCAAACAAAUAACAAUUAAUAAUGGAAAACAGAUCACAGAAGGCAGAAUGUAUACGAACAACACAUUAAUUCUUGAUACAGCUUGGUCAGGAAAGUUUGCAAGUACAGCUGCAGCAAAGCAUCCUUUACUUGAAGCAGCUUUGCCAAUAGAAGCAGAAAUGCUUCGCAUGUGGUCACAUCAAACGACUACCUUUGGAGAUGAAUUAAUUAAUAACAUGUAUUCAUUGUAUACCUUAGUAGGCGAUGUCAGAAAUCCUCAACAAACACUUAAUCGAGAAAUAUGGGUUAAUGAUUCCAGAGUACUAAUUAUCGAAUUUGAUCAAUUUAAAAGUAGAGAAACAUUCUUCAACUCUGAUAGGAAUCCUCUCUUUACAAUUGCGUAUGACGUAGCCGGACUUCCCUUGUCAUUUUCUCCACAUGGUGCUGGGGUACCUCUGAAUAUUUCAUACGAUCGAUUCUACCGAAUCAAUGGCUGGAAAUGGGGUGUAACUGAAGAAUCUUAUAGCUAUGACCCUCACGGCAUGCUGUCUGAAAUAACCAGUCCACAAGACGGAACCAAAUUUAUUUAUUACAAUGAAGGCAAUCAAGUUUCAAAAAUAUCAUUAGCUAGUCAAAGAAGUUACACUUACAAAUAUGACAAGGAUGGCGGUCUAACGCACGUUAUUUUGCCAUCAGGGACAAAUCAUUCCUUUAGCGUUCAACCCUCAAUAGGUUUUCUAAGAGUAACAUACACGCCUCCAGGAUCGUCGAAAAAGUAUUUACAACAUUACUCUCACACUGGUGAAUUACUACAAACAGUGUUUCCGGGAGACGGCGCUAGGAUUAUUUAUCGUUAUUUCACAACUAAUAAGGUAUCCGAAGUAGUUCAUGGCGAUGGUCAAACUCAAAUACACUAUUCAGAAAACAGUGGCCUACCUUCCGAAAUAUUGCAUGUAGAUCGAGAAGUUGACUAUCGGUGGGAAUCUACUUAUGCCGGUGGACUAUUGAUAGAAGAAAGACUUGAUUAUGGAGCUAAAACUGGACUGAGUAAUGCGAAAAUAAUAUACGAAUACGAUAAUAACUACAGAACUACUUCAGUCCAAGGCCGCAUCGGUGGGCAGACACUAAUACCUUAUCACAUUGUCUAUAACAGUAAAACUGGUGCACCUGAAGUAUUGGGUCAAUUUACAGUAUCAAAGCAGAAAUGGAAUGAGACUUCAGUUUAUGAUGGAAUUGCAAUGUUUUCACGAACUGUAAACGACCAGUUUCUAGAAAAGGAAAUCACGGUUAACAUUCACAGGAUGGAAGUAUUUAGAAUGGAAUUCUUUUACGACAGGCACGGUAGAAUACAACAAACUAGAACACAUACACGUAACGUUGGAGUAAAUACGUAUACUAAUGUUAAAAAUUAUACAUGGGAUUGUGAUGGUCAGUUAACUGCUGUUAACGCCCAAGAACCGUGGGGAUUCAGAUAUGAUGACAAUGGUAAUAUGUUGUCGUUGACAUAUCGAGGAAAUACCAUUCCAAUGGAAUAUAACGAUAUGGAUCGAAUUAUUAAAUUCGGUGAAGGAGUGUAUAAAUACGAUAGUAGAGGACUAGUGUGGCAGAACGCAAGAGAAGAAAAGUUUCAAUAUAACUCCAAAGGGCUUCUUACACGUGCUACUAAACGAGGAAGAUUUGAUGUUCGCUAUUUCUAUGAUCACCUUGAUCGGUUAUCCACUAGAAAAGAUAAUUUUGGAAAUGUUACACAAUUCUUCUACACAAAUAAAGCCAAACCACAUGAAGUUAGCCAUAUUUAUUCUCCAAGGGAAAACAGAUUUAUUACAUUGGUGUACGACGACCGUGGACAUAUUAUUUACAUGCAGGUUGCACGUCACAAAUACUACAUUGCGACAGACCAGUGUGGAACGCCAGUCAUGGUCUUCAAUCAAUAUGGAGAAGGAAUAAGAGAGAUCAUGAGAUCUCCCUACGGACACAUAGUAUACGACUCUAAUCCAUAUCUCUACCUCCCAGUAGACUAUUGUGGAGGAUUAUUGGAUCAAGUGACGUCACUUCUUCAUAUGUCGAAUGGAAAGGUAUAUGAUCCGCUGAUAGGACAGUGGAUGUCACCGUUGUGGGAGAGCUUAGUAGAGAGGAUACAUGACCCCACGCGAUUCCAUCUGUACAGAUUCAAUGGCAACGAUCCCAUCAAUGUCAGACCACAAAAUAAAAAACCAACAGAUCAUUUAUCGUGGCUCGACCUUCUAGGCUACGAUACAAAGAGUUUAGCCCCGCAACUUUAUCCGGACGAGUUACCAGGUGGCUCAGUACUUCCUAAAAUUCCACGAGGUCGUCCGCUAUGGGGUAUGGCCCCAGACUCCAGCGGGCCAGGACUGCCUUAUGCUAUGUCACUUUUACCCAGUGUUACUAUUGAAUCCGGCUUCCUCUCGCACAUGUCAAAUAAGAGAAUCGCAGAUUUCAGAAGUCUGUCAAUUCCAACGAUGUCUGCCCUCAAAGCAGACUCUCUCGACUUGACCCCGAAGAGAAUUGGUUCCGAUUCUGAACCACCAUUUGGUAGAGGCAUUCUAGUCUCAAGAAACUCACGAGGACGAGCCGUUGUGACCACAGUACCGUCAGCCAACGCCAUAUACCGCGACGUGUACACGUCCGUCUUCAAUCGAUCUCACUUACUCCCAUUCUCCUUCGUCGUCCACGGUGACCAACAGGACGUUUUCUAUUUUGUCAAAGAGGAGACGUGGCGGGCGGCCGAUGACAAACAACAAUUAAAACGUAUGCAAGGCAAAUUAAAUGUCACUUUCCAUGAAGUCGCUGAAGGUGGGAGAUCUUACGCAGAUGUCAAGAUUCACGGACAAACGAGUAUCGUUAACCUUCGAUACGGCACCAGUGCUGAAAGAGAGAGACAGAGACUCUUACAUCACGCGAAGGUAACGGCUAUUCGUAAAGCGUGGCACCGGGAACGUGAAAUUCUUCGAGCGGGGAUGGGUGGUUCUAUGGAAUGGUCAGCUGCAGAGUUGGAAGAAAUACAAAAGGCGGGUUCAGCUGCCGGCUAUGAAGGCGAAUACGUGCAUGACGUAGCGCGGUACCCUGAGCUGGCAGAAGAUCCCUACAACAUACGCUUCGUGAAGAAGAGGUCCGACCGAGCUGAAAGAAGAAGGCGAAAGCGCGAAGACUGUCGAGCCCCGUGGUGGCUAGCCUGGGAUGACCUCUGCUAGUAACCUGCGCCAUCCAAAUGCCAAAUUAAUUGAAUGUCAAAUAUAUGUGUAGUGAGAGUGUAAACGGUGAUGGAAGAUUGCGUGUGUUUUUAAAUAUAUUUUGUAAAUAGUAUCUAUUAAUUGUUAAUUGUUGAUGUAUGUAUGGUAGUCGCGAAUCCCUAUCGCUGUGUAAAUAUUAAAUUUUAUUUGCAGGGAGAGAAUGGACCUUUUGAGAGGACUGAUAUUAAAUAAAUGUAAUGUAUUGUAUGUAUAAAUAAGAUCUAUGUGAAUAAUAUAAUAUAAAUUAUUUAUACUAUUUAUCGGUAAAAGCUUCGAUCGUGUCCAAUGUUCUUAUAAAUUUAGAUGAAGACUAUUUGAAAGAUUAAUAAAAGGCAUACUUUUUUAACCAAAUGAA